GGCAUUUACCAACACUAACACCUGCAAGCAACUUGUCAUUUUCAAAGCGAAAAACAUUAAAUAAAACGCAAUUGGAUGGCAAAAAUAAAUAUUACCCCCUCAUGUUUGACAUACAGCGUUUGAGUAAGCAAUGAAAUCAUCUAUUUGGGGACAGUAAAUGCGAGAAAGAGCGAAAAGAGAGGCUCAGUCAGUCGCCUCUGUGUGUAUGCGAGUGUGGGUGAGUGUGCCUGUGCGUGUUAGUGUUGGUGGGCAGAACAAUAACAAGCCCAAAAAUGCCAAUGGACAUGGAAUGUAAUGGAGCAGGACCAACAAUAACGUUCCAUCGGAGGCGAUGAAUCACAGCAGCCACAAACGUGCCUUAAUUAACGAACGAAAAGCAAUACACUUAAUCCAAAGAUGCCGCUGCUGAGCAAAUGCUUCCCCUGCUUCAAAUUCAAGCGCGAGGAGGUGAUCGACAAGCUGGACUACAGUAAUACCCCGCUAACGGAUUUCCCAGAAGUUUGGCAGCACGAGCGAACCCUGGAGGAGCUUUACCUGAGCACCACAAGAUUGCAAGCUCUGCCACCGCAAUUGUUUUAUUGCCAAGGAUUAAGGGUGCUUCACGUAAACAGCAACAAUUUGGAGAGCAUUCCACAGGCCAUUGGCAGUCUGCGACAGCUGCAGCAUCUGGAUCUCAACCGGAAUCUUAUUGUCAAUGUGCCCGAGGAAAUCAAGUCCUGUAAGCACUUAACCCACUUGGACCUGAGCUGCAACAGUUUGCAACGUCUUCCCGAUGCCAUUACCUCGCUAAUUUCGCUGCAGGAGCUGCUGCUAAACGAGACCUAUCUAGAAUUCCUACCAGCCAACUUUGGCCGAUUGGUAAAUCUGAGAAUUCUGGAGCUGCGACUCAACAAUCUCAUGACACUUCCCAAAUCCAUGGUGAGACUAAUCAACCUACAGAGGCUGGACAUUGGCGGUAAUGAAUUUACCGAGUUGCCCGAAGUUGUCGGCGAGUUGAAGUCCCUUCGCGAACUAUGGAUCGACUUCAAUCAAAUACGUCGUGUUUCGGCCAACAUUGGAAAGCUACGCGAUCUGCAGCACUUCGAGGCCAAUGGCAACUUGCUGGACACUCUUCCCAGCGAGCUGAGCAACUGGCGCAAUGUGGAGGUACUAUCUAUAUGCUCCAACAGCCUGGAGGCCUUUCCCUUCAGCGUGGGCAUGCUGAAGUCCCUGGUGACAUUCAAGUGCGAGUCAAACGGUUUGACAGAGUUACCCGACAGCAUAAGCUACUUGGAACAGCUCGAGGAACUAGUAUUAAGCCACAACAAGCUUAUACGCCUACCUAGCACAAUUGGGAUGUUGCGUAGCCUUCGCUUUCUGUUCGCCGAUGAUAAUCAACUACGACAACUACCAGAUGAGCUGUGCAGCUGUCAGCAGUUGAGUGUGCUAAGUGUGGCGAACAAUCAGUUGUCCGCUCUACCACAGAACAUUGGAAACCUGAGCAAGAUGAAGGUACUCAAUGUGGUGAAUAACUACAUAAAUGCAUUGCCAGUUUCGAUGUUAAAUCUGGUUAAUCUCACAUCGAUGUGGCUAAGCGAUAACCAAUCGCAGCCCUUGGUGCCGCUGCAAUAUCUAGAUGCAAGUACAAAGACCCAGUUGACCUGCUUCAUGCUGCCCCAAGUCACAUUCAAGAUGAACAGUAUACAGGCCCAACAGCAGGCUCAGGAGCAGUAUGAGUUCGUUUACGCCAACCAGCAGCAGCCUCACGCGAGUCCCUCGAGAAGGAUUUGCUUCGCCGAGGAGGCCACCAUUCUUAGCAACGCCAAAGCACAGCCAGCGCCCAAUUAUCCCAGCUUUGUGGCCGCUCCGCCGACGCCAACGCCCGAUCAGAUGGCUGGGUCUGUGCGGUUAAUGCGUUCACCCACACCUUAUCCCAAGGAGCUGCGACAAAUGUCCAAAUAUGUGAGGCAGGCUCAGGCGGCGACCUCAUCGGCCAAUGCCAGCGAGGUAAGGGAGGCACGCGUAGUAACCAAUGGACAAAUUCACUGUGAUAGCAACAAUGCCAACCAGGAUGUUGUGGACCAGGCCACAACAAGUGCAAUAUACGGCAUUGCGCCCGAAACGACACACAUCUACGGAGUCUAUCAGCAACCGCAGCAGAUGGCGCACCCGGUGCCAACGCAGGAGUACUACGGCCUGCCACUGGUCAACUACGAAGCACACUAUCAGCAGCUUUACGUCGAGGCCAACACGCCGCUUCCCACCACGCAUUUAAACGGGGAUCAGGACUAUGAGUUGCAACCGCUGCAGCAACAACCAAUGCAGCAACAGGCGCUGCCAACACCCCGGUUGGAACCACCACCAUACCACAUAGCUCGAGUUUACACAAAGAAAACGCCCGAGGAUCUCAACCUUUACGAGUCCAUGAGGCAGCGAAAGCAGCAACAACAGCUGCAAGAACAAACCAUCUACCAAGAUGCUUUGAAUAGCAAUAGUAACUUUAAAACGACAGCGAUUGGCGCUCAGGACGUCGAAGAGUCAGUCGAUCAGUUGGACUACCAAAAUAAUAUUAGCAAUAAUUUAGAGCCAAAUCCGGAGGAGGAAGACCAGGAGCUGGAUGACACUAUGUCGCAGCACUCGCUUAAUUCCACGGCCACUAACAAUACUUCCAAAGCGAGCCAUAAGAAAUCCACCUGGAUCUUUGGUGUCCACAAAAAUCCGACAGUCAAACAGGUUACUCUAAAAUGGGAGAACUCUAUAGGCUUUGAUAUAGCCGAGCUUCUUAAUCAGGUUGGCAUCUUUGUGAGCUCCAUAACGCCCAAUACGAAUGCCGCCCGCCUGCUUAAUCUGAACGACAAGUUGCUGGAAAUCGACGGCUACGACCUGACCAAUGCCAACCUGAGCGAUGCCAAACGAGUGCUGCUAAACUGCGGCACGGUCAUGAACAUAAUGUUGUCGAGAAAAUGAUGGACCAUCUAUUUACCGACCUAAGCCGAUUCCCAUCCCGAGACCGAAGACUUUUUGUGCAUUUUUCUAACGCAUUUUUCCAAUAAGCAGCAUCGCCGAAAUCGGAUAACAAAUUACUUGGACCGAUCAUAGUGUUAGUUCAUAAUACCCUUCCGUACUGGCGGUCAAACCAUCAGUCAUAGAGCACAAUCGCCAGCUAGAGGAUCCCAUGCUUUUUGUAUAUUAGAUAGACGAAUCCAAACUGCCAUUUUCUUUGCACCUCCAUACUCGAUAGAAGAAUAUUACCAGAAGACGGCCAAAUUUAGUAGUUAUAGCCCACAACAAGUAUUCUCAAAAUUUAAGUUGAAUGAAGAUGAAUUGAAUUUAUGAUUUGACUUUAAAGCUGUUUAUAAUUCGAAUUGAGCCACUUAUAAGUUGGAUUUAUUUAAUCAGUAUCUAAUCGAUAUCUUAUGUAAAUAGUUAAGUUAUGCACUUAAGGAAGCAAUAAUAUGUUUGGCCAAUUAUUAGUUCCAGUACUUUAUUAUUACAAUGCGUAGAUUACAUUGAAGUGGCAUUUGUAUUGGAAGUUUGUGCUACCAUUAUUCUGACCGCCAGUGGAAUGUAUCAGCAUAAUACAUAUAAAUAGUGCAAUUAGCGUCGAUUAUAGGUAUAUAUAUACGCACUCAUUAUAUAUACUCGCGAUAAUCAGACAAAUUACCUUCAACUAGCGCCUAUUUUACGCCCAGCGUUGUUCAAAUUUGUUCCCAAAAUUAUAUGUAUAGAUCAAUUACUUGAUUACAAAAGAUAUUUGCUGUUUAUGUUAGUUGUUAUGGUGCAGCAAUACAAAUUCUAUAUAUAUAUAUAUUUACAUAUACGUACGCAAUCUAUAUUUAUUGUCCAAUCGAUCGAAGUGUCAAACAUUAUUUUCAAUGGUGAACUGUUAGCACAAACUGAAUUCUCACGCUAUUGGCAUUGUGAUCAGUAUUAUUAUUUAUCUGGUUAAACACGUGAAAUCUAAUCGAAAGAUAAGCACUUCUAUAUUCAUAGCCUUUAUAUAUAUAUAUAGUCAUACAUAGAGAUGUGCAUUAUUGAAGAACACACGCCCACACACACACACAAACAUACUGCAUAAAUACGAAUCUAGCUAACUUAAGCAAGCGCACACAUUUUGCCAAUUCAAUUUGAUUUAAGAGCGUUACCACAAAUCACUGAAAUACAACAUUCACUUUGUCAUUUCGCCAUAGUUUUUGAUUAAAUCUCAUCCAGCCGCCGAAAGGGCCAAGUACAAAAACCAUCUAGUCAACAGCCUGGCGGCCUUUUGAUUAAUGUCCCCGCCUGCUGCUGUCGUUAUCGACAGGCAAUUAUCUAUGAAAAUUAAUUGACGGCGACAUUUGUAGUGUGCCAUUUGGCCGACACCAGCGAAGCACGCAAUCCAAUCCCCCUGGAGAAUCCGCUACAUGCACCUCCUGCCACCGUGCUCCGCGGCUCCACUGGCUACGACAUCAUCAGCGACAGCGCCACCGAAUGUUGUCUGUUGCGGCACUUUUGGCCACAUGUAUUUGCAUAAAAAGUGAACAACCAGCGGAAUGGUCGUAAAUUCAGCUGGAAAGUAGUGAACGAAAAAGCGCAACCGCGCACGAUGGGCUGGAAAAGAUAAAUGGG